AUGUUCAAUACAUCUUUAUAUUAUCGUUCGAUAUCUCGAUUAAUUCUUAUGAAACGUUUUUUUCCUCUCAAACCUGAUGGUGAUGUCGGUGCUCAAAUAAAAUCAUUCAAUGCCAAAAAACAGUUUAAAAAAACAUUGGAAUUAUUUGAUAAACACAAAGAAAAUGACGUUGAAAACUUAUCCAGUUUCAUAAUUACUCAAGCUUUAAAAGCAUGUGCAGAAGUGCAUGAUCUGCAACGUGGAUUGAUUAUUCAUCGUCUUAUUUCCACUCGCAUAACAACUGAUUGUUACCUAUCAGCAUCAUUAAUUCAUCUAUACACUCCUGAUCAAGUUAUUAUAAUACUCUUGUUUAAUGCAUGUGCUAAAUUAGAAUCUAGUGAAGCAUUAAAUUUAGCAAAAAAAAUUUCAAAAGAAAUUCCAAAAUCUUUUUUUUCAAAUCCACGUCUUUCAACAUCUUUAUUAGAUGCAUUAAUGAAAUGUGGUGAUGUGAACAGUGCCGAAUCAUUAUUCGAUAAUUCUAAGGAGAAAUCAUUACCAACAUAUGCAGUAAUGAUGAAAGGUUAUAUAAAAAACAAUAUGGCAAUAAAAGCCAUUGAUAUUUUCAAUAAAAUCCAAGCUCCUGAUGAAGUUAUUAUAAUACUCUUAUUUAAUGCAUGUGCUCAAUUAGAAACUCCUGAUGCAUUAAAUUUAGCAAAAAAAGUUUCAAAAGAAAUUCCAAAAUCUUUUUUUUCAAAUCGAAAUCUUUCAACAUCUUUAUUGGAUGCAUUAAUGAAAUGUGGUGAUGUGAAAUAUGCUCAAACAUUAUUCGAUGCAUUAACAGUGAAAGUAUCAUCAAUGUAUGCAGCAAUGAUGAACGGAUUUAAUAAAGAAAAUAAACCUUCGGAAGUAUUGAAUUUAUUUAAUCGAAUGAAAGUGGAUGGUAUUGGAUCAGAUAUUGUUAUUUAUCUUUGUGUUAUAAAAGCAUUGUCACAUCUUGGUGAUUACUCAUUAAUUGAAGUGAUAGUUAAACAAAUUCCUAAUUCUUAUCUUGCUGAUAAUCACAUUCAGACUGCAUUGAUUGAUAUGUGGGGAAAAAUAGGAUGUUGUGAUGAAGCAGAAAAAAUAUUUGAAAAAAUUCGCCAACCAAAUGAAAUCGAAUAUUCAACAAUGAUUAAUGCUUAUGGUUUGAAUGGAAGGGGUACUCAAGCAAUUGAACUUUAUCAUCAGAUGCCACACGAAUUUAUAAAUGAAGUGACUUAUAUUUGUGUCUUAAAUGCAUGUUCACAUUCAGGACUUGUUAAUGAAGCUCGUUUAAUCUUCAAAAAUAUUGAAAUUAAAACAGAAAGAAUUUACAGCACUAUGGUCGAUUGUCUUUCUCGUGCAUUCUAUUUUGAAGAAGCAGAAGAAUUAAUUGAUGAAUAUGAAUGUCAUCAUUCACCUGUAUCAGCUAUGUAUAUGGCAUUAUUAUCAAGUGCUCGAAAUAUUAAAAAUAGUUGUUUGUCACAAAAAGUUUAUCAUCGGAUGAAGAAGAUUUUUCCUGAUUUGAAAAAUGAAUUAACAUCAGCUACUGUUCUUCUUGCCAAUGUUUAUGCUUCGUCAGGUGAAAUUGAUAAAUCAUCAGAUAUCAGAAUCGAGUUAAACAAAUCAGGUUCUAAGAAGAAAAUCGGUAUCUCAUCGACUGUAGUCAAUGGAUGGUCUUACGAUUUUCGAGCUCAUGAACGAUCUCACCCUCGAACAGCUGAUAUAUAUGCAGAAGUCGAGAAAAUGUCAAAAGAACUUAUUGCACAUGGACAUCAAUAUGAUGCAAGCUGGAUCACACGACCGUUGGAUUCGGAUGAAACCGUUGAAACAGCCCUUUGUGGACAUAGUGAAAAGUUGGCCAUUGCAUGGCAUUUUAUUGACAAUCGAGAACCAUCACGAAUUUUCGUGAAGAAAAAUCUUCGUGUUUGUGGUGAUUGUCAUCGUGCCACAAAAUUAAUAGCAGCCAUUCGUCAAUGUACAAUAAUCGUUCGUGAUGCAAAUCGUAUUCAUCACUUCCAUACGAAUGGUCAAUGCUCAUGCAACGAUUAUUUUUAA